AUGAAGGGUCCUGAGACAGCUACUGUUUAUUCCUCUCCAAAAAUGUUGCCUGACCCGCUGAGUUCCUCCAGCAAUUUGUGCGUGUUUCUCCGUUUAGAAACCUCCCAACCGCCCAGGCAACAUCCCAGAUCACCGUCCCGCCGCGCUCGGGCCUCCGUUACUAAGCAACGAUCCGGGAACCGGCCGGGUUGUGACUGCGCAGCCGCAGAAAGCGCUGGUUCGCCCCGACAUGACGUCCGCUUGAUACGAAGUAGAAUUCGCCUCCGCCCAGCUGACGAGACUCGCCCACAACUCCUCAGAAGUGAAGUUUUGAAGUCCCUCAGAAGUAAAAUGAUCGUGUUUGUUAGGUUCAAUUCGAGCCAUGGAUUCCCUGUGGAGAUCGGUCCAAAUGCCAGCAUCUUCCAACUUAAGGAGGUAGUUGCUAAGAGACAAGAUGUUCCAAUUGACCAGCUGCGUGUGAUCUUUGUUGGAAAGGAGCUGAGGAAUGACUUGACACUGCAGAACUACAGUCUGAUGGAGCAAAGCACCGUUCACGUGGUACAGUGCACAUCUCAACCAGCUCAACAACCAACGGAUGACACAUGUUCUGCAAAUUCUAUGGGAAGGAGUGGAAGAGAAACAGGCAUCUUAAGCAAAUUAGGUUUCAGCACACCCAUGGUUCAAAGACUUUCUACAGAUCAUACUGUAAUUUUGGGGCAUGGAGGCCAAUGCAGUAAUAUCCAAUCUGAAAAUUCAGGUUCAAGCAGUUACCACCGUUUUUAUGUCUAUUGCAAGACUGUGUGCAAGGCUGUGCAGCCUGGGAAACUAAGAGUACGAUGCAAUACUUGUAAGCAAGGAACAUUGACUUUAGCAAUGGACCCAACCUGUUGGGAAGAUGUUCUAGAGAAAAAUAGCAUCACUGGUGUCUGCCAAGCAAAAGACUGUAAUGGAACAGUUGCAGAGUUUUAUUUCAAAUGUGGAAAGCAUCCAACCUCUGAGAGUGACACUUCAGUGAUUUUGAACUUAAUUACUCCCAACAGGCAAAAUGUCCCCUGUAUAACCUGUACUGACACUGUAGAUCCAGUGUUGGUAUUCCCUUGUGAGGAACAGCAUGUCAUAUGCUUGGAUUGCUUCCACCUAUACAGUGUGACACGGCUGAAUGACCGGCGAUUUAUCCAUGACCCAGAAAUUGGAUAUUCUCUCCCCUGUGUUAAUGGCUGUCAAAAUUCACUCAUUAAAGAAGUGCAUCACUUCAGAAUACUUGGAAUUGACCAGUACAACCGUUACCAGCAUUAUGGAGCAGAAGAAUGUGUGCUGCAGAUGGGGGGAGUACUGUGCCCAAAACCAGGCUGUGGAGCUGGCCUGCUACCUGAUGGAGACCUGCGCAGAAUCGAAUGCCUGCUGCAGAGUGGACUAGGCUGCGGGGGAGCGUUUUGCGUAAAAUGAAAGUCAAGAGAUUAAAGACCUGUGAAGAAUUACAGUGAAGACUGGUUUGAAGAAAGAAGAGGACCAAUUAUCCUAGUACUUCUUUUACAUGCUGCUCUUCAAAAGUUCCAAAGUUAAUUUUAUUAUCAAAGUAUGCAGAAUACAACUCUGAGAUUUGUCUCCAUGGUAGCCAUGAAACAAGAAAAGGCAUGGAGUCAUUGAAAAAAAAGACAUCAACCCACCACCCCUUCCACACAAGAAAGAAAAAAGAAAUGAAAACUCAUAAACCGAAACCCCCAAUCCCCUCACCUGCACGAAAAUUAACAGAUUGCUACACAGAAAACUGCAGCUGGUACAUCAAACCCCAAACCUCACAAAAAAACUAACAAAACACACACACCAAAAAAAAAAUCAGCAACAGUACAACAAAACACUUUCUAUAUUCACUCAGGAUAAAUUUCAUUUAAAUCACAUGUGUAAUGAAUCCCAUACCUGAUCUUGUACCGUCUGUUAUACCUAUCAAUCUUUUGAUUACUGGUUCCCAACCCUCCAAUCCCACAGUUUUAAGAUUUUCAUCUUUGGGGUAAUUUCUGUCAGACCUCCCUAGCAACAUGUACUCCCUCAAUCACCAUCCAAUAACCAUCUUCCAAUUCUGAUCUCCUGCAUAUUCUCAGUUGCUGAUAAUCUUCUGAUGGCACUUGUGCCCACAGCUAUUUAAGAACCAGAUUCCUGAACUCUCUCCCUAAACCUCUCUGCUUCAUUACUUUCUUCUCCUUUAAAAAUUGCUUCCAAAAUGUAUCUUUAUGACUAAGCAGAGGUUCCUAACCUCUUUUAUGCCAUGGACCAAUACCAUUAAGCAAGAUGUUAUGGACUCCAGGUUGGGAACUCCUGCCCUGAAGCCUUUUGGUAGGGCUGAGUGUUGUAUUUUACCCUGAUUGGAUUGCUGGGAACACUUAGACAUGAAUUAUUACACAAAUGGUGCUGUGUAAAUCUAAGAUAUUAAAUAAACACAAUACAAAUAAAGAGAACGUUUUUUAGUGGAUGUGA